CACAGCGACAGCAGCGCGGGCGCGGCCCACGCCCCACUCUUCAUCUAACCAGCAACGCAUACGUACAUAUAGUACUUACCUACCAUGUAGUUUUUUAUUACUCAUUAAAAGUGGUAAAUUUUGGAAGCUCCUGCAUUAUUUCUCCACCUAAGUCCACCGCCCGUAUCUGGAAGUCGCUCCUGCUUCUUCAUUUUGGUCUUCGAGCCGGAUACAAAAGAACCUUUAAUCGACACGUCGAUCACAAGAACAAAGGAUCGCGCUAACGAGACGGACCGUUACGUGGACAUUUUGAGAAAAGGAGUUACAUUUCAACUGCGUAUCUACACGUUAAGGAGCAGAAGAUGUCAUCGUUCCAAGGGGAUUGCCAUUAACUGGAAAUAAAGAAAGAAAUCACGGCCACUAUAGGAGUAAAGUGAAAGUGAGAAGUGAGAACCUGGGGAGUCGUGUCAAUAUGAGCAGUAUGCUGAGCGUGAAACCUUUGAGUCGAGAUACUUCGGUGCAGUUGCGCUCGCUCGAGAGGUAUUGGCGAGGAGCGGGAACUCGGCGGGUCCCGCGCUGGAGUCCAGGUCAGUCUCAGGUUCUUGUGUGCAUCAAGGAAGGCCAAAUAUUAAGCUCCCUACAAUACAUUUACCUACCUUUUCGGGACAAUAUCAAGACUGGCUGGAAUUUCAUGACACCUUUAGCUCACUGAUACAUUUAGAUGAAUCUAUACCUAAAAUAAACAAAUUUCACUACUUACGCGCUGCGUUAAAAGAGAGCGCUGCUUUGAUUGUGCGAUCGCUUGACUUCUCGGCUGAAAAUUAUGACGUCGCCUGGGAUUUACUUUGCGAAAGUUUCAAUAACUCGAGACUUCUGGUCAAUAAUCACUUACAGGCUAUAUUCAACUUUGAACAGAUAGUCAAAGAAAAUCCUAAGGCAUUGCGCAAUCUUAUUGAUACUGUUAAUAGGAACUUACGGGCUCUAAAAAACUCUUAAACUGCCCACUGAACAUUGGGACAUAAUUAUAAUAUAUAUAAUGUCACAAAAACUCGACGCUGUAACUACGCGCGAGUGGGAGGAACACCGUAGCACCUUAACGGCUUUGCCCACACUGGCAAUAUUUUUAGAGUUUGUCAAAGGUCGUGCUGAUUUAUUGGAAACCAUGGAGGAUGCCAACAACAAGCGCCGACAGAGUGACAGCACAAAUAGUCGUCAUAAAUCUCUAGUUGUUACCUCUCAGUCCCCUCCAACAGAACGACAAUUCGUGUGUCCAUUAUGUAAAAACAACCACGCGCUGUAUCGUUGUCUCAAAUUUAAAUCGUUUUCACUUGACGUAAGAAUGCAAAAGGCUAAGUCAUUAAAAUUAUGCUUAAAUUGCUUACGUCAAGGGCAUAGCGCAAACGCAUGCAGGAUUGGUCCGUGUCGCCUGUGUAACAAACCAUUAAAUAGCUUACUACAUUCUCAUGAUGCAUCGUCGUCUGCGUCACCCGCGCCGCACAGCAGCAUCGCCCUUUGUACCGCGCCGCCGGUACCGCUCGAGAUCAGCUCUCCCGAGACAGACGAGUAUCAUAGCGAGAGAGAAAGUGACGACUAUGAUGAUUCACAGAACCACAUUGCCUUAUCAGCAGUUGAAAACAACUGUGCGCUUUUGUCCACAGCAUUAAUACACGUUACAGAUAAAAAUGGACAAAAGCAUACAGUUCGUGCAUUACUGGAUAACGGUAGCACAUCAUGCUUUAUAACUAAAAACCUAAGUCAAAAACUAAACUUAUCAACUGUCUCCACCGCGUCGUCAGUUGAUGGGUUAGAAGAGCAAACUUCUCGCCUAACAAAAAAAUGCAAUGUCACUAUAUCUUCCCUUUCAGAACCAUAUGAAGCACAUCUCGAAUGUUUUGUCGUUUCGCGCGUUACACGACAAGUGCCUAUAGUUCGCAUUAAUGAAGCAUUGUUAAAUAUUCCUCCUAAUAUUACGUUAGCUGACCCUACAUUUAAUACCCCGUCCGAUGUUGAUGUGCUCCUCGGAGCUAACAUUUUCUGGAACAUUGCAGUGGGUGCAGAGAUUAUUUCAUUGGGUAAAAAUAUGCCGGUACUAUGCAAGACCAAGUUAGGAUGGUUGGUUGGUGGCGGUUCACAAAAAACUCAUCAAUUAAAUGCAGUUCAUUGCAAUCACGCAGUCGUUUCACAUGACAAUCAAUUACAGGAACAAUUAACCCAGUUUUUUGAGCAUGAAUCUGUACCUCAACAUAAACCAAUGUCAAUGGAAGAGCAACAAUGCGAGAAACAUUUUUUAGAGAACUUUUGUCGAGAUUCUGAAGGAAGAUUCAUUGUUACUAUUCCAUUGAAGGAAUCUCCUGAUAGAUUAGGGGAUUCAUACGAUCGAGCGUUAAGCAGAUUUCAAGCACUGGAACGUAGAUUUAGUAGAAACCCAUCUUUUAAAAAACAAUACUGCGAUUUCAUGCAAGAAUAUAUUGAUUUAGGGCACAUGGAGGAAAACACAACUCCCGAAACAGACAGCCAUACAUACAUUUUGCCUCAUCAUGGCGUGGUUCGUGAAACUAGUCUGACAACGAAGCUCAGGGUCGUUUUUGACGGAUCAGCUGUCACUGCGUCGGGAUUGUCGUUUAACCAUAUUCAGAUGGUCGGUCCUAGAGUGCAGGAUGACCUUAUAAGUAUUUUAAUAAGAUUACGACAACAUAAAUUCAUAGCAACCGCAGAUGUUGCCAAAAUGUAUAGAAUGGUAAACAUUAAUACAGAGCAACAGGAACUGCAGCAAAUUCUAUGGCGUUUUGAGCCCCAGGAAAAACUUAAACUUUACAAACUCAAAACCAUCACCUAUGGUACUUCCAGCGCCCCAUAUUUAGCCACAAGGUGUCUCAAGCAACUAGGCGUAGAAUGCCAUGAUCCAACCAUUUCUGAAAUCAUACAACAUGAUUUUUAUGUUGAUGACCUCAUCACAGGAGCGUCAACCGCUGACGAAUUAAUAGACAUUUGUCAAGGGGUUAUAAAACAACUUCAGCAAGGUCAGUUCCAUUUGCGCAAAUGGUAUUCAAAUCACCCAAACAUAAUUAACAACAUAAUUAACGAAAAUACUAGCGAUGGUUUAUUUAACCUUAGCCACAAAGAAUACUCGAAAACCUUAGGGUUGAUAUGGGCCUGUAAAGAAGAUAAACUUCUGUAUUCUGUUGCCAUUAAAAACAAUAAUCCCGUUAGCAAGAGAACAAUAUUGUCCGUAAUUUCUCAGGUUUUUGAUCCGUUGGGCCUAAUAAAUCCAUGUGUGCUCACAGCUAAAAUAAUUCUUCAAAAAUUAUGGGCAUCUAAAAUUAGUUGGGACGAAGUAGUUCCAUCAGAUAUACAUGAAGUUUGGUGCAAAUUUGUUAACUCACUGAGUGCCCUAAAUAACAUUCGGAUCCCAAGAUGCGUGGUAUGUGAUAGUCCUGCAUUUAUUGAAUUAGUGGCAUUUGGUGACGCAUCCACUCAUGCUUACUCAGCAUGCGUUUAUCUCAAGUCCGUAGAUAAAGACGGCCGUGUGUCAGUACAUUUAGUGAUGGCAAAGAGCCGCGUAAGUCCUCUGAGGCCUUUAACUAUUCCUAAAAUGGAACUGAACGGUUCCCUUCUAGCCGCUCAUUUGGUGGAAAAGGUUAGAACAUCGUUUAGGCUACAGAUCAAUCGUUGUACUUACUGGUGCGAUUCAACAAUUGUUUUAGGGUGGAUAAAAUCAUCUAAAAACUAUAUGCUUAAACCUUAUGUCAAUAACAGAAUUCAAGAAAUUUUGCAAAGGACUAAACCAUCAGAAUGGCAUUACGUACCCACCAACAUGAAUCCAGCAGACAUAGGAUCUCGGGGUGCAACUCCGGCACAGUUAGAAGUAUGUCCUUUAUGGUGGACAGGACCUACAUUCUUAUUAGGAGACGAAUCGUCAUGGCCCGCCCAACCAAAUUACGCUAAAGAAAGCGAAUUGCCUGAAUUCAAAGCUCAGUGCACAUUAAUUACCCAAAAAGAUGAUUAUUCCAGCUACAUCUCUGAUUUUAUUCAAAGGUUUUCAAAUUGGAAUAAAUUACUGCGCGUUGUAGCCUAUGUUCAACGUUUUAUACACAAUUACAUGCAUCCAAACAAUAAACUCGCUGGGCACUUAAAAAUUCACGAGCUUCAUUCCUCGUUAAAUGCUUUAUGCAGAUUUGCCCAACGUGAAACAUUUCUGAAGGAAUACGAUAUAUUAAAACGCAACAAUAAGUUGCCUGUUAAAAACCAACUUAAUGAGUUGAACCCGUUUUUUAAUGCCGAAGACGCUCUUAUAAGGGUAGGAGGUAGGUUGUCAAACUCAUUUUACCAUUUUGACACAAAACACCCUAUAUUACUCCAUUCAUCACAUCACGUCACAAUCUUACUUUUCAGAUAUUACCACAUGUUAUUAUUGCACGGUGGACCACAGCUCCUACUAGCCAGCUCUCGCCACAAAAUAUGGGUUAUUGGUGGUAGAAAUUUGGCUAGAAAAACUGUGCAAAAAUGUAUAAAAUGCUGUCGUUUUUCCGGUAAGGUUAGACAGCCAAGGAUGGGUGAUCUUCCUGAACCUCGGGUUCAUGCAGAAUAUCCCUUUUUUAGCACGGCUGUUGACUAUGCUGGCCCAGUAAUGAUAUUGAACCGAAAAGGUAGAGGUAGCAAGUUAUUCAAAGCUUACUUAUGCAUUUUCGUUUGCCUUGCCGUAAAGGCUGUUCACAUCGAACUUGUGACUGAUCUGACCAGUGAAACAUUCAUGGCCGCCCUGCACCGAUUCAUAGCCCGCAGAGGAAAACCUGCACAUAUUUACUCUGAUAACGGUCGUUGUUUUGUGGGAGCCUGCACUGAAUUAUUUCGAUUCCUUAAACAAAGUUCAAAUCAAAUAAGUUCUGAUGCAUCAAAAAUAUCAAUAAAAUUCCACUUUUCACCUGCUUAUAGUCCCCAUUUUAAUGGUUUAGCGGAGAGUGCAGUUCGGUCAGUCAAACAUCAUUUAAAGCGAAUUAUUUCUGGUACCAACUUAACCUAUGAAGAACUGAAUACCGUUUUAAUUAUGACCGAGGCAAUUUUAAACGGAAGACCCCUCACACCUUUAUCUUCAAAUCCUUCGGAUCUUUCAGCCCUCACUCCGUCACAUUUUUUGAUCGGACGAACAGACACGUUGCUCCCAUCUCCCCAGGCCCCUGAAUCUGCUGCCAUCUGCACCUUGUCACGUUACAUGCGAGUUCAACGACUAAAGGCCCACUUUUGGUAUCGAUUUUACAAUGAAUACAUUUCAGAGCUCCAAAAACGUCACAAUUGGACCAAAGAUGGAGGACAACUCAAAUUAGGAGAAAUGGUGCUUGUCAAGGACGACCGACUGCCUCCAAACCAAUGGUUACUGGGUCGAGUAACACAACUUUAUCCCGGCACUGAUGGAAUAUCCCGAGUGGCCGAUGUACUCACCAUGUCUGGAACUGUCCGGCGCGCCUUCAAUCGCCUAUGCCCAUUGCCAGUAGAAGACAAGAGCUCGGUUCCUGGGGGGCCAAUAUGUUAACGCCUCGUAUAUGUGUGCCAUGCAUGAGACACACAUACACACACAGCGACAGCAGCGCGGGCGCGGCCCACGCCCCACUCUUCAUCUAACCAGCAACGCAUACGUACAUAUAGUACUUACCUACCAUGUAGUUUUUUAUUACUCAUUAAAAGUGGUAAAUUUUGGAA